ACAAAUAACCUAAAUCAAAAACACAAACUCCUAACCUUGAAAAUUAUAACGUAUUUUCAUAGUUUUAAUGGCGAGAUCAAAGGCUAUUUCUUACGGUCGUCUAAUAGUUAAAAACCUUCACACUCUAAACAUAUCAACUCGUUCUCAAAACACAAAAAUCCUCAAGGAUACGGCUCGUUGUCGUAUGAUCCUGAGCACAACCACUGCUUUCCAUGCACGGCGAACGUUCUGCGAUUUAAGUGGCAAACAAGAGCUUCCAACGUCGCCGCCGCCAUCGUCACCUUGGAGUUCUAUCUGGAGCAAAUUGACAGCCGGUGGAGUAGCGGUGACCGCGGCUAUAUACUUUAUAGAAUUCAAAGAAGACGUAGAUAUGGUAAUAGAGACUGCUGAAGAAAUAAUAGAUGUGGUAGAAGUGGUGGCAGAAGCGGUGGACAUGGUGGCGGAGAAGAUUGCCGACGAUCUUGCCGACGGUAGUAAGCUCAAAACCACCGUUGAAGCAAUUGAACAAGUGGCAGAAAAUGUGGCCGGAAAAGCACAAAAAGCUGUAGAUUUCAUCGACGAGGUUCAAGAAGCUGAGAAGAAGUUGAGUCCAAUAAUUGAACCAGUCAAACAAUUAACCCAAGUUGCUCCUUCAGAUGCUAGUUGAUGUGUGGCUGAAAAUAAUUUAACUGUUAAUUGUAUUUUUUUUUUUUUUUACAUAUAUAGAAUAUUUGAAAUGUAAAUGGCCUUUUAAAUGGAGAAAUGAAAAUGAUAACAUAAGUUAUUCUAAGGGAUUAGAUUUUAUAAA